AUGGCAAUGGACGAGGUGGAUUUUCCAUCGGGCUCACAUGAUGUACGAAACGUAUCCAAACAUAGUCGUGAUUGUCGUCAAGGUGUGCAGCCAACGUCGCUACAUCAACAAUAUCGGUACCUCCCUCCUAACCUCCUACCUCGCCCUCCUGCGUGUCACUCAAACGGUAUUUUUACCGAUAUGCCGGCUUCCAACGAGUUCAGCCCCGAUUCCGUGACUGAAGGGGUAGCCAUAAACAUGGAUGAUAGUGCCUGUGUUUCAUCACAAUUCUGCGGAAGUGAGAUUCGCUCACCGAAUGUGAGUGGGGACGAGACGAGUGAAUACAGUGGUGGGCGGUAUACGGUGGCGGAAAGGGGACGGAAUGAAAAUGAGAACGAAAGGGGGUGGGGUGAGGCAAAAGCGGAACAUGAUGAGAGUAUGGCUGAGCUCAUACUUACGGCGCUUCAGCGUAAAGAUGACUUGCUUCGUGAACAAGCCAAUACCCUGAAGCAACGGGACCUGGAAUUAGCGCAUCUACAGGGUGAGGUUGCAGGGUUACGGGAGGAAAAGCGUCUGUUACUCCAACAACUUCGUGACUGCAAUGAAACGGAUACCGCCUCAAAGCAGACAGCAAGCGCCUCACGUGAGCAGCAGGCUGACAUCACCUCUUUGAACGCGCAAAAUAAAAAGCUAAUAACGCAGCUUUCGGAGGCGCGGCGAGAGGCUGAGGAGCGUGAGGAAAAGUAUACAGCGGACUUACAGUACAUUCAUGAAGAAAUGCAAGAGUUUUCCACACUUGUGGAUGAGGUGCGGUCGUUGCGGGCGGCGUUGCAACAAAUGGAAAGCAAUCUUGCGGGUGAGCGGGAGUUGAGGAAGAAAUGCGAGUUACAGUACAGGGAGUCCACUCGCGAAGCUGAGGAAGUUUUGAUCCGUGAACGGGAAGAGAACCAAAAGAAGCUGAAACGAUAUAAGAAGCUGUAUGAGGAGGCCGAAGCUGCUGGUCGAGAAGCUACUAAUGAGGCGAAAUUGCUACAAGAGGAAUUACAGCAGUUGACUGUUAACCAUGCCACGCUAACAGUCACCUUCGAAGUUAACGAGCAAAGAAUAGCAGACAUGUCAGAAGAGCAAGCGCAUCUUAGAGCCAGUCUCCAGGCGGCUCGGGAGGAGACAGUCAUUCUGCGUGCAUCACUGGAGCGGCUCCGGAAUAAAGAGUACCUCGAAGCAGAAGACGAGGAAAACUGUGAAGACGAAACAGAACUAACAUUCCACGCACACUUUCACACGGAAGCGGAGCGAAGUAUGUAUGGCACCCGGAAGCAACUGGAGAGUAUGGUAGCCACCCUGGAAAGACGUCUUAGUGAUAGCGAAGGACGUGAACAGAUGUUGUCUGCCGAGCGGGAACGGCUACGAACUCAACUCCAGCAGCUGUCCGUCAGCGCGCGAAAGGAACUACUCGAGCAGCAACAAAUCGCGGACGAGAGGGCUGCUGUGCAACGUGUACACAUUCAGCAGUUGCAACGGGAGUUGGAUGAGAAGCAGCAGCAACAAGAAGAAGCAGAGGAGAGAGCACAGGCGGCGUUGUUGCGCGCACAGGAGCAGUUUCGAGAAGCAUGUUCGGAGCUGCAGCAGGUUAAGGAGGAAAGGGCCACAGCGGCGGGAGAAGAGUCCCGCCGCCAUGUUUUGUUUGAGAAGCAGAUAGCCAAGGUGUUGCAGGCUCUUCAGAAUAAACUCAGUCGAAGAAAUGUUGAGUGCCGCAUGUUAAAGCAACAAAUUAAGCUGAAUGAGGAACAAAAUAGGAAGCGUCUCGAAACGAAUGUGUCAGAACCCGUAAGGCAGGAUCGUCGGCCUCCUGUGCAGAACAUGAAGGAUGGGAGCCGGGUGACACGUCCGGCGCGAUUGCCUCUUCAUAAUACAGUAGUGAAGCAGGAAGUAUUACUUGCAGCAGCACAGCCAACCGCUUUACAAGAACAACGUGCUGAUGCCCACACUGCGAGGUUUACCGCGCCUCAAUCACCUGCGUGUGAGUACAACUGUAUUGAAGCCAGGCUGAAUGAGGCUUUAGCGCGCACUACCGAGCUGGAGGAACAGUUGCAGGCUAAACGUCGCAAAUACUGUGCAAUGGUUAAAGACCGGAAGAUGCUGAUGGAGCGUGUGGAAAAACAACAGCAAAAACAGCAGCGGCAAAUAGCAACUCUGGAAGACAUGCAAAGAGAAACCCUGCGGAAGCUGGAAAGUACGCACCGCCGCCGCAUGAGUAGCGCUUUUGCCGCUGCUGCAGAGGGCAACAAGCGACAGCAGUGGGUUAUUCAGCGAGGGGUAGCGCGUGUGGUAGCGGAGCUCGUGGAAUUCAUCCAUGAGCUAGAGUCAUACGCUACUGUGGUUGGCGACAGGUACGUUACUCGUGCAGCUUCUCAAAACACCAAAGAGAAGAAUCACAGAGUUAGACUUACCUAUGAUAGCCCACCGCAAGAUGCGUUAAGCGAAAGGGAGAACAUUCUGCGUGCUGCUUGCGAUGACAUUACGCGAAAUUUUCUUGGAGUCAACGGUGGGUGGGAGGCUUUGUGCCAGUCGAAUUCAUUCACGUGUAGUGACAUCAGUGCUUCUUUUAGCUUCGGGAAAGCAAUUCCCCAGGCGAUGCGCCAGCGGGUACGAUGCCGAAUCGCAGACUAUUUGAAGUCACAACUUCUCGGCACUAAUUCAAGUAGAACUGGAACGGGAGUCACCACUACCCCGGGUGAAAUGCACAAGAGGAGCGUUGGUGGUGGUGGAAACAACAAGAGAACGAUGAAUCUGAGUUUCGGGUUACAUGGCGAAGUGGAGGAAGAGAGGUGGCUGCAUGGCGAACCAUAUGCCGGUGCACAUGGUAGAUCAAAUAGAAAUUUGGGGACUGUACCCGGUAGUUCUUCCGGGGAGUCCCUCAUAGAUGUGCUGAUGGAGUGUGUCCGAUACAUUUUCCAGGCAUAG